UGCAUCCUAGUCUCGCUGGCGUGCUGGUUUGGGUAGGCGGCACGUGCAGUAGCCCCUUCAGCUGACCAUGGAAUUCAAUUCUUCUACACACCGAAGGCACUGGCUUUUCACCAAGGGAACACUUCGAGAAGUCCAAGAGGAGACUGCAAAGCUUGCAGCGGAGGCCUGCGCUGCUGGAACUCCUCCAGAGGGGUCUCGAAGCUUCGCGGUAACUAGGUCGACCGCCGGCGACAAGAGUGGCGGGCGGGCUACAACGGACAAUGAGGAAGGAACUCUGGACGUGAAGGGCGAGGGAGGAGUGCCAGCCACGGACACCGGAGAGGGCGACAGUGGCGGGAAAGGGAAAGGGGGUGGGAGCGGGAAGAAAAGACCAGCGCCGACUGCGUCGUCGGCGGAACCACUGCUCACGGUGGAGGAAGAGUGCCUAGUAAAGAAUUACUACGCGAAGAAAAUUCAAGAGACGUGUGGCCGCGACUCGGCAGAUGAAGAUCUACGGAGAUCUGACAAGGUCCAGGCGACCGCAAUUGCUUACUUUCACCGCUUCUACCUGUCCAAUAGCGUCCUCGAACACGAUCCGAAGAUCUUGAUCUUGACGUGCGUGUUUCUGGCGAGCAAGACUGAGGAGCAGAUGACCAACGUGAACCUUUUGGCGAAGGCGACGGGGCUCGAUGACUUACAGAUCCUGGGAAAGGAACUGACCUUGUUGCAGGGUCUGAGCUUUCACCUGGCGGUGUUCCACCCCUACAGAGCUCUACCGGCGCUGGUCGAGGGUGCCCGGUUAAAAGCCAAAACGGAAGGGAUCCCGCCGCAGCCGGAGAGAAUCAUGGCGCUACACGAUGGAGCUAGGGCUGCCCUCGACGACAUUGUGGUGACCGACCUUCCGUUUCUCCACCCGCCCUCGCGGUUAGCCUUGGCCGCGCUGCUCCGAGAAUCACGUCGAAUGGAAGCGCCUCCGUUUGACUUGCCCGCUCUGCUAGGCAAGGAAUUCGGUGAUCGGGAGGGCUGGAAAGACGUGCUGAGAGAGGCCCAGCGGUUGGCCCUAGAAUUGGACGAAAUUCUGCCGUAUCGAGUGGAAAAGGACAAACUGAUCGCGGUCAACAAGAAACUCAAGAAGCAUGCUUGGUGGUCGCAGAAGAGGGGUCGUGCUGAGGGUGGAGGCGGCCGCGAACGGCGCAAGAGCAAGAAGAUCAAGACCGAGGCAUAG